AAUAAUUCUUGUUGUUUGCUGUAUUUGUGUGAUAGAUACUUGCGCAUACAAUGACACCUGGAAAACACAGACCUCAAUGCAGGUAUAUAUGCCAGGCAAACAUCUAGAUUCUCUACUAUCGCGCCCCACUCGAAACACGUUCAAUAGCCAAUUCCUACUUGGAUAUGUCGGCCAAGAUUCCGAGACUCCUUUACCUUCUCAGUGCCGUCAUCGUAAUCGUUCCGUUGCAGUCAAGCGGACAACCGCAACCGAAACAAUAUCGCAGUCUUUACGGCAGUGAUGUGAGCGGACGCGAGUUAACAAAUAUAUUUGAGCUAGGUAUCGGAGCUUUAUACUUCCUGCUGCAAGGCCAACGUUAUAUGAAUGAGGAGAUGCCGGACGCGAUUCCGCAAUUUGGAGCUAUGUACGAUUUCAUAGUAAUUGGCGCCGGCACGGCCGGCGCUACGAUAGCCACAAGAUUAAGUGAGAUUCAUCAGGUUGAGGUGUUGUUGAUCGAAGCUGGAUCUAGCGAGAAUUUGCUGAUGGACAUCCCGCUUCUCGUUCACAUGCUGCAGCUAAGCAAUGAUAUUAAUUGGAAGUAUCAAACAAAAUCGUCCAAUAAAUACUGUCUCGGUAUGAAUAACAAUAGGUGUAAUUGGCCUAGAGGAAAAGUGAUGGGUGGUAGCAGCGUGCUAAACUACAUGAUCGCAACCAGAGGCGGCGCCGAGGAUUACAAUCGAUGGGCUGAGAUGGGGAAUGAAGGCUGGGCUUACAAGGAUGUUCUCAAAUACUUUAAAAAACUGGAGACAAUCGAUAUCCCAGAGCUGCAAUCGGACACUAUUUAUCACGGAACUAAGGGACCAUUGCAUAUCUCUUACCCAUCAUUUCAUACGCUAUUAGCAGAGGCCUUCCUAAAAGCAGGCAAAGAGCUAGGAUAUCCGGUAUUGGACUAUAAUGGAAAAAAUAUGAUAGGAUUUUCGUAUUUGCAGAGCACAACUAUGAAUGGCACUCGUAUGAGCAGCAAUAAAGCUUACCUACAUCCCGCAAGAGAUCGUCGAAAUCUUCACGUGACACGCGAAAGCAUGGUAAGAAAAGUGCUGAUCAAUCAUCACACGAAUCGAGCAAUCGGCGUGGAGUUCAUUAAACAUCACCAAAUUAUUCAAGUGUAUGCAAGCAAAGAGGUAAUUUUGUGCGCGGGUUCCAUCGGAUCACCACAAUUACUAAUGCUGUCCGGCAUUGGACCAGUUGAACAUCUUCGCAAGCUCGGUAUAAACGUUGUUCAGAACUUGCCGGUAGGUGAAAAUUUGAUGGAUCACGUAGCUUUUGGCGGGCUAACGUGGACAGUAAAAGAGCCGGUAGGUAUCCGACUAUUCGACAUGGUAAAUCCCACUCUUCCAUAUAUAGGGGACUUCCUGACGGGGCGCUCAGGACCACUUACAGUCCCGGGUGCGUGUGAGGCUCUCGCUUUCAUCGACACUAAAAAUCCAAAGAAACGUGACGGUUUGCCAGACAUGGAACUGCUAUUUAUCGGUGGUGGAUUUAAAGGAGAUAUUAUUCUUCCAAUUGUGAUGGGUUUUAACAAUCGAAUGCGUCAGAUAUGGCAAAAAUAUAACAACAAUUACGGUUGGGCCAUAUUACCGAUGUUGUUGAAACCAAAGAGCCGUGGACGAAUAAGACUACUGGCUAACGACAUUAAUGUUAAACCCGAGAUCGUUCCAAAUUACUUCGACGAUCCGGAAGAUGUUAGGACGAUGAUUGCUGGUAUUAGAGCUGCAAUAAGCGUCGGUCAGACGAAGACGAUGGAAAUGUUUGGUUCACAAUUAUCAAACGAUACUUUUCCUGGAUGCGAAAAUUACAAAUAUGACUCUGAUGAUUAUUGGGAAUGCGCGGUAAGAACAGCGUCUCUCACCAUCUAUCACUAUACUGGUACUUGCAAAAUGGGACCGAGAGGAGACCCAACUGCUGUCGUCGAUCCUAGAUUAAAGGUGAUUGGUGUUCAAGGAUUGCGAGUAGCAGACGGUUCCAUCAUGCCCGAGAUUAUAUCGGCGCACACAAACAUACCUAUCUAUAUGAUUGCUGAGAAGCUGGCAGACAUGAUCAAGGAAGAAUGGAAAUACUUGAAUAAAUCAGAAACGUAAUUUAUGAUAUAUUAUAUUAAUAAAAAGUUUUUAACUGAUAUAAACUUUAUUAAAAAUUAACAAUUUGCUGCAUUGAGUUCAAUAUAUAACACAGCACACCUUUUCUAUAUUAAACUAUAGAAAAUUGUGGAAAAAAGGACAAAAAA